AUGCUGAACAAAAUAACAACAAAGGCGCGCAAGCGCCUUUCCAAUGCCUUCCAAGGCGUUCCGGACCUCGAAGAGGUGGAGUCCCUCGAAGUCAAUAAUUCGCGGCAACACAGGCAAAGUGACGUAGACGACGCCUUUUUGGGCGAGACUUCCUCGGCGGUGAUUCAGAUGGAUCACUUCCACGAUGUGCGACGUCAAGUCUACGCCGAAGCUCUCGUCUACCGCACCACGCCGCUCUAUGCCACCAAGAUCGCGCUGGAGCAACGCGUCGAAGAGCACCGGCUGCUGCACGCCCACUUGCAGGCGCUGGAGCGGUCGGAGGAGAACGGGCCGCUGCUGAUGCCCGACGAGCUCCUGCUGCCGGACUACUUCCGCGCGCCGUCGCAGGAGACCUUCUCUCCACUUCCUCACACGCCGCGAGGCCACUUUGCGUCGCUGCCCCCCGGCGUCGCACACCUGCGGCGCUCGAGUUCGCUUAAUUCGCGUGGCGCUGUCGGCUACGCGCCGGUGGUGUCUGGCGUCUCCCACAGCUACGGAGACCGUGACCGCCGCGGCGACGACUUGGGGUCGGGUAUCCCGUGUGCAGCGGUCCGCGGGCGCCACUUCGGCAUGAGGCCGAGCGAAGGGACAUCGUCGUGUCUCUCUCACCAGCCGCGGCGUCGGCAGCGCGGUCAAGUCGCGUCUCCCCCCCCGUCGGGCUAUUCGUUCAGGCAGCCGUCUCCGCUGUCGCACUGCACGACGACGCGACCCAGCGAGGAGCCCCGGCGCGCGCCUGCGCAAGCGGCAGGCGCGCGCCGGAGGAGAUCCGGCAGUGGGGUUGCGCGUGGCGUGCCGCGGUUCCCAUUUUUCUCUUCUCACCGCUCGCUCGUGCCGCCUCCCGGCGCGGCUGGGGGCCCCGCGUCGCCGCCGCCGGCGGGGGUAGCGACGGCGGUGAACGCGCGCGGCGCGGACGGCGAGGCCAAGGGGAGGUCUUCAGGCUGGAGCUCCGAGUCCGACGCGCUGGCGGACCGCGACCGCGACCGCCCGUUCUCCUUCUCGCCCAAGUCUUUCGUCGAUACCCCCUCCGGCGGUUCCUGUGUGGCGUCGGUGCCGCUGUGCCUGCCUGCGGCGCGCAUGUCGCAGGCAUCGGUGAAGCGUUCGAAGCAGCGGCUGUCGAGCGUGGGCGACGGCUUGGCUCGAGACAGGCGAUGGGAGGGCGCUGGACACCUGAGUCGCGUUCACCACGAGUGCCUAAACCCCCUCCCGCGCGGGAGCAGCUUCAGCGUCUCGCAGGCGUUCCACGGUAUUUCUGGCCGCGGGGUGGAUCGCAGCGAACGCGGCGCAGAGAGCUGCAGACUGGUCUGCGACACCGGCGGCGAGCGCCACACGCUGAACUGGACCGACUGGAUUCAGAGACAACGCCGAAGAGGCUGGUUCGCCAACUCCGCCCUCUACUUCAUGACGACGCUGGGCGCCGUCAUGGGCGCCGGCACGUUCACCUCGUUUUGGAGUCAACUGCAGACGUGGAAGAGCCUCUGGUUCCUCGUCCCCUACACGCUCGAUUUUGUCUUCAUCGGAGUGCCCGCCCUUCACACCGAGGUCCUUCUUGGAAACCUUUUCCGCGGGACGCCAGUCAAAUGCUUCACGCAAAUCAGUCGGUGGCUGGUCGGCGCCGGACUCUUCACUCUCGUCAGCACGGUGAUUCAGAUGUCGCUGAAAGCCGGCCAGAGUGCACGCCUUCUCGUGUACUUCCUCGCGAGCUGGAAGGCGCCACAUCCGUGGGAAGUAACGGCGGAAGACCGGCAGCUCUGUCGAUCGAUUUCAAACGGCCAAGUCUGCGAAUCCGCAGGCGAGGGGACUCUCUGUCACUGGCGAGGCUCGCCGCUGCUCGAGUGUCUCGCAUCGCCUACCGGGAAAGCAACACAUUUCUACUUUUCGCGUCUGGAGCCUGCGGAGAUUCAUUCAAACGUGAACCCAUCCACUCUCGAGCCGACAAACGUCGCUUCGAUCAGUAUCGUCUGGGCGUUCGUUUUGGCGUACAUUUGGAAGGGGCUCUUCAAAAUCGGAUUCAUGUCUGCGCUGCUGGUCUUUAUGGCGCUGGUGCUGUGCGUUGCGCUCAUCGUCACCUGCUUCAUGACGGCGAUCACGUCUCGCCACGAGGAACAGCCGGACUACAGCGCCAUCCAGGAAGACCCCCUCAUGGGUGCACCGGAGGACAUGUGGGCGCUGCGUGCCCAUACGCUGGGCGCGGUGCUCCACGAUCUCACGCUCGGUUGCGGCGUCUACGAGACCGUCAGCAGUUUCUCAAAAAUCGGAUACAACGUCAUUCCAGCCGCGAACCAUUUGGCGCUCAUCGACUACAAAACGACGGGGGUUUCGUUCUACGACUUGGUCAGGAAAACCCGGAAUGCGCCCGCGUAUUACGUCAUCUUCCCAGCUGCGUUCGAUCGAGUCUCUGCAUCGAAUGUCUUUGCAAUGUUCUUCUAUGGCGGCAUCUUCAUCUUGAAUAUCCAGGUCACGGCCAUCGCAAUUCAUUCAGUCAUUAACGUCUUCGAAGAGUCUCGCAUCGUCCAGUUCCGAUGGCGGCAGCAGUUUUGCGUCGGCCUCGUUAUGAUCUGUUUCAUUCUCUCGCUAACGUUCUGUAGCAACGACCAACAGAGGCGCCACGCAUUUUUCGCCUUUCUAAUCUCUUUUCUCUUCACGCCGUGCGUGGUUUUUCUCGAAAGCAUCUCCAUCGGCUGGAUUCACAACGCGACCUACCAAGAAAGAGUCGCCGGCAGACUUGCCGUGCGCGUCUAUGCGGGCUGCUGCGCGCUGGUUGCUGUUGGAUACGGCUUCAUCGCCCUCGCGGCGAAUGGCACCUUCUACCUCCCGAUUUUCGUCAUGCUCCCCAUAAACGCGGGACUUGCGGCGCUGACUGCGUACUUGAUCCACCCGCCAGAGGCUUCCUCGUUCUUCCAGGUUCGCUUUCGGGCGCUCUUCCUCGGCAACGUGGAGUUGUUCAAGGAGCAGGUCCUGCGUGUGACGCUCUUCACCCGCCCUCCAAGCCCCGCAGUCGCUUGGUUAUUCUCCAUGCUGCGCAUGAUGUGUGGCUGCCUCUUCAGUAAAGUGAAGCCGUUCUACCUCUCUCGCAUCUCCAUCGCGUGGUGUGUGCUGGUGAAACACGUCCUUCCGCAGGCGAUGGUUGGACUCCUGGCGCAAGGGCUUCGAGACUUCCCUCGAUACUGGCAACUUAUGUCUACGUCUCCGCACGUCAGACAUGUCGGCAUCGCCACCGUGGUCUUUGCCUACCUUGUUUUGUUUCUCGCGCCGGUCAUCCCCAAGCUGCGCUGGUGGGUUUGCCCACCUCCAGAGGACUACAUGCCGGCCUACAUGUUCCCAGUCCACGUCUACCGGCCGCCGCGGGUGCCUCCGUUGGGGAACGCAGUUGCGCGGCUGUUUGCGGAGUUUUCUGCCUCGUCGCGGACCACGUCGCGCUUCCUCUACUCGGUGGUAGCCGACUACAAGCGACAGCACGUCUGCCUGCGGCGGGCGACGGCGCCGCGCGCCAUCGACAAGGACGAGUGCGACCGUGCGAACUCGCGCGUCCCGCGGUACCUUCUCUCGCGGCGGACUGACCGAACGAUGGGCGGCGGCACGAUAGGUGAGCUGUCUGCGACGCAGAGUCGCGUCAGCAGCGCGCUCGCAGAGCUCGUGGACUGA